AUGUCUACUGAAGAUAAGCAGGUUUGUGAGGCAGUAGUUGAAAGGAAAGGAAUAGGACAGGAAGACAGGGAAUAUUCGGGAAUCAGUGAUUAUGGAGUAUCAUUAGAUAGCCCAUUAGCACACUCAACUAGUUAUCCCAAAACACUGGAACAAACGAUGAGAAAUAAGUCAGUUUCAGAGGAUGCAGAUAAGUGGUCGAUGUUGGUAGACUUGAUAAAGGAGAAUAGCGCAUCACUAAAGGGUUUACAAGAGAGUUACGAAUCAUUAAGGAAGAGUUUACAGGAAAGUUUACGAAAAACAAUAAAGGAAGUUUUCCAAGAAGAUAGUGAAAGGAGAGAAAUGCUCCAAGAAUCAUUAAAGAAAGGUUCACAAGAUAGCAAAACAUCAUACACGAAGAUGGAAUGUAAUCUGAAGAAGGAAAUGCAGGAGUUAUCCAAACAACUGAAGAUGAACAUCGACAAGAGAGAGAGGAAGCUACAGGAGAAUAUAGAACAAAUCCAGGGAGACGUGGAGAAGAUAGAAGGGAAGCUAACAAAAAAGAUGGAAGACGAUAUUGAAGAAACGAAAGCCGAAUUGGGAGAAAUAAUCACCGAAGUGGAUACAAAUUGCGAUCAUGGAAUCGCCGAGGUAACGCAGAUGCAGAAACAAUGUAAUGAUGUGGUUAAGGGGAUAGGAGAUAGGCAAAACCAAUUGGCUGUCAAUCUGAGAAAUGCUAUAGCCAUGCGACGAGAAGAGGAUAAUCAGAGGGUUGCAAUGGAAGGCGAGGCCUUCACUUGGGGAAUCAAGAAGAAGGAAGGGACUAAGGUUCAUGCAAAAUCAAAGAAAGUAAACUCUGAAAUAAAUAAAUUCAACCACGUUUAUAAGGGACCAUACAGGAUUAUAAAAAUUGGUCAUCCUAACACUGUGGAGUUGGAGUAUGCACGGACAAAGAGAGUGCAUGGUAAGGAACACGUGGAAAACAUAAACAGGUACUACUCACACGAGAACAGGGAUAACCCAGAUGAGGAAGAGGUACGAAUUGAAGAAAGUUAA